AUGUCAUCUGUCAGCUAUUCCAGACUGCCUCCACUCGGAAGACUGCAGAUGCUUGUGUCUGAGGAGAUCCGAUUCAAAAUUGGUGAUGCUUGCUGCAGCAUCUUGGACCGGGGGAGGUCGCCGAACAGCGAUUGGCCACCGUCCGAUGCAGGGACGCAGCCGCGAACGAGUUGGUGA